GACCUGACUUUAAAACAAGAAAGGAAAAGCUUACAGUCAUAGGACAGCCUCAUAGCCGAUGACAUUGAUGAGGGAAUGGAGGAGACUGGAAGGCUGAGGCUGGGGGUCAGCAUGAGGACCACAGUGAGGAGCAUCAGCUGAGGAUAGCCUGAUGAUGAAAUGGAGAGGUCAGGAAUGCUUCUGAUAGGCAUGCAGUUCCUUGCUAACAGGCUAGCUCUGUGGGGCCCUACUGGCCUCUCCUCUGGAUCUGGAUCAACACCUCUAAGGAGCAUACUACACAUGUUGCCUUUUGAAGCUCUGAAUCUCAGACUUGAUGCUCUGACCGGCAUGGCAUCUAGGAGCCCAGCUGAACCCUACCUGUCGGAUAGUACCAUGCCCAGCUCCACAUCCGAGUUCCUCAGCAGCAGCCCCAAGACUGGAAGAGCUGUCCUUAGACCCACCAGGCCUCCUUUGGUUGUGCACCCCCCUCCUUGCCUUGUCCCUUGCAGGUCCAGCUGCAGCUGCUGACAGCCAUUGUGAAGCUCUUCCUGAAGAAGCCCACAGAGACUCAGGAGCUGGUGCAGCAGGUCCUCAGCCUGGCCACGCAGGACUCAGACAAUCCAGACCUUCGGGACCGUGGCUACAUCUACUGGCGCCUGCUCUCCACUGACCCUGUAGCUGCUAAAGAGGUGGUGCUGGCGGAGAAGCCCCUCAUCUCAGAGGAGACAGACCUUAUUGAGCCUACACUGCUAGAUGAGCUCAUCUGCUACAUUGGGCACGCUGGCUUCUGUCUACCACAAGCCACCCAGCGCCUUUGUGGAGGGUGGCCGAGGAGUGGUGCAUAAGAGCCUGCCACCCCGCACUGCCUCGAGCGAGAGCACAGAGAGCCCUGAGACAGCCCCUACUGGAGCAGCCUCUGGUGAUCAGCCUGAUGUCAUCCCUGCCCAGGGCGACCUGUUAGGUGACCUCCUCAAUCUGGACCUUGGGCCUCCAGUGAGUGGUCCACCUUUGGCUGCCUCCUCAGUGCAGAUGGGAGCUGUGGACCUUCUUGGUGGUGGCCUCGACAGCCUGAUGGGGGAUGAGCCUGAAGGGGUAUGGUUCUACCCUCUGUCACCAACUCUUCACCCGUGCUGAGCCUCGGCUGGUGGGCCAG